AUGGAUGCUUUUUCCGAACUGCCGCAAAGGGUGCUCUGGAAAUUCGAGGACGACUCCCUACCAGGGAAGCCAAGCAAUGUCAUUAUUGCAAAGUGGCUACCUCAAGAAGAAGUUUUGGCUCACCCAAACAUCCGCCUGUUCAUCACUCAGGGUGGACUUCAAAGUUUCAACGAGGCUUCAUACUACGGUGUCCCUCUCGUCGGAGUUCCCUUCUUUGGAGAUCAGCAGUACAACGUAGCGAAAAUGCUCAGAUCAGGAAUUGGAGUCAAAAUAGAUUUCUGGGCCAUUACUAAGGAUUCUAUGUUGGACGCCCUGCGGAAAGUUCUGGAAGAUCCGAGCUAUCAGGAGAACUUGAAACGCUUUUCUGCCAUCUACCGGGAGCACCAGAGCACGUCCCUGGAGAGGGCGGUGUGGUGGGUGGAGUACGUGAUCCGCCACCAGGGGGCGCCUCACCUGCGCAGCGCAGUCCUCGAUCUGCACUGGUGGCAGCUGCUGCUGCUCGACGUCAUUGCCUUCAUACUGGCUGUGGCUGCCGUGGCGGCGUUUCUCCUCUACAAACUGACUCGGUGGUUCUUCUCGUGGCUCACUCGACCCAGCAAACUGAAGAAACAGUGA